AUGUUUUCCCAUACAUUUUUCCCAUCUGUUUUUCUGUUCUUCCAUCCGUUUUUCCCCAUCCGUUUUUCCCCAUCCGCUUUUUCCCAUCCAUUUUUCCAUCAGUUUUUCCGGUUUUCCAUCCGUUUUCCCGUCCAUUUUCCCAUCCCAACCCUCCAGCUUUCUAGCCAUGGUUCAAACCACCAGCUUCUCUUCUCUCCCCUCCUCUCCCUGCAGCUGGUCUGGCUCGUGAGUUUCCUCUCCGCUUUCUUCCUGAGCCUCCCCUACGGCGUGGCGGUGGGCGUGGGAUUCUCCGUGCUCGUCGUGGUUUUCCACACCCAGUUCCGCAACGGCUCUGCCCUGGGCCAGGUGACUUCCACCGACAUCUACAAGAACCCCAAAACCUACAACAAGGUCCAUGAAAUUAAUGGGAUUAAAAUCGUCACCUACUGCUCGCCGCUGUAUUUCGCCAACUCAGAGAUAUUCCGGGAGAAAAUUAUAGCCAAGACAGGGGUGGAUCCUGGCAAGGUGUACUUGGCCAGGAGGAAGUUUGUGAAACAGCAGGCAAAGGGCACAGCACAACCACCAGCGAAGCUCCCAAAAUUCCUGCUGAAGGAGAGCAAGACCUUGUCUUUGCAAGAGCUCCAGAAGGACUUUGAGAGCGCCUCUCCAACAGACACCAACAACAACCAGACCACUGCUAACGGUGCCAGCAUCUCCUACAUCACAUUCCAGCCUCCUGCCCAGGGGGCUGGGCUGGGGCAGAGCCCCGGGGAGCUGGGCAGCAGCAGCAGCACCUUCAGCGACCCCGUGCUGACAGCACCGCCCUACAUCAGCUUCCACACCAUCAUCCUGGACAUGAGCGGGGUGUGUUUCGUGGACCUGAUGGGCACAAAAGCGCUCAGCAAGUUGUGUUCCAGUUACCAGAAGAUUGGGAUUAAAGUCUUCUUGGCAAACGUGCAUGCCCAGGUGUACAAUGACAUCAGCACAGGGGGAGUUUUUGAGGAAGGAGGCCUGGACCGAAGUCACAUCUUCCUGACCAUCCACGAUGCUGUUUUGUUUGCACUGGCCAGCAUCAGAGAAUUUGUUCACCCUCCCAUCUUGGAAGAGAGGCAGACCCAGACAGAGCUCUCCAUCUAUGAUGAAUCUGUGGACGAGAGCAGUGCAGAGUACAAGAACCUGGAGGAGGAGAUGUUUGGAAGCAUGUUCCACUCGGAGAGCCAGACAGCUCUGUGAGCACGGCGAGCACCAGGAAAACCCUCCACAACUGGCUCCUCUCUCCCACUGGAGACCUCUGCUUCUACCUGGGGAUACACAGCGGCUCUGCAAAGAGGCCACCACCCUCCAGAGCUGCCAGAUCCCUCUCUCCUCCCUGCUUUCACUCGGAUCAGGGGGCUCUGGAGCAGGAGCAGCCUGGGGAAGCUCGGGAGAUGCCAUCUCAGGGACUGCAGAAGUGGAGCUCGGCUCAGGGGACGUUCAGCCACCCCUUUGUCCCCCACCAUCCUUCUGCCCGCGCUGGAAUUGCAUCAUCUGGGCAUCCUGCUCCCUCCCUUUCCCCGAGGAAGUGAAAUACAGAGGUGAAAAGCCUUUUUGGGGCUCGGCUCCUCGAGGUGUGGCGGUGCUGCUGCUCUCUGAUGUCCACCCUGAAUUUCCCUGCGGGUCUCUGCAGCCUCUGCCUCUCCUCUUCUGCAUCCCAGCAUCCCAAAAACCCCUGCCUCGAACCAGUGCUCUAUUUCUGACACCCCAAAGGCCUCAGGACUCUCUCAGCAGGGCUGAAUUCUGAAAUAACAUGAUUUUUUUUUUCCUUGCUAGCACAGGCUUGUACUCAGAAAUAAGACUUCCUCAUUACAUGCAGGUUGUCCUGCCUGCUUGGUGGGUUGAGCACGUGAAAACAGACUUUUAAAAUAUUUGAAAAUGCUGUUUCUAUUUUAAUACUCUAAAAAAAAAUAUAACAAAUACAUCAGCAAGCUUUAGUGUACGGUUUUGAAGUACAGAGAUAUUAUUGAGCUGAUUGCUGAAGGCUUCCUGGGAAGAGGAUGUGAGGCUUUCCUGCAGCUCCCAGAUGCCUCAUUUUUAAGGAAAAUAGAACUUCUUCAACCAUCCUUGCUAGACAGUCACUAAAGGAAACAACAGCAGCCCCCUGCCAGUUUGGUUUUAUGUAACAUCUCAAUAACCAAGUCACCAUUUCUCUACCUCAAUUUCUGAUUAUGUGGUGCAGGAGAGAGUAAUAAAACCAAAGGAGGGCAGAAAACCCCACUAGCUGAUGCUUAUUACUCAUUUUAAUAUUAAACAACAGUGGUUUCUCCAGAAAUCCCCGUGCAUAUCUUGUUUUACGAGGUAAAAUCAAGAGAUUAAACCUCUUGAAUUAUCCUUGAGGGUGAUUCCUCAUGCCCUUUUGUAGUGCCUGAGUGCUCCUUUUAAAAAGUGCUAAUUUUGAAAGAAAGGCAGAACAGAAAUAGGUGCAGAGCAACAAGAAACUGCCUUGAUCGAUAUUUUUGUGUCUCACAUUAAAAAAAGGAAGUUUAAAUUCCCAGCUCUUUAGGAUUUAUUACAGGAGGUUGAUUUCCCAGCCUGGGGUCUGACAGGCCAAAUGCAGAGGCAUAAAGCAGAUUAUAUUUCCUAAACUUCCUACAAGAAAUGGGGUGGGAUGUCACGAGAAAACAACAGCAGCAGCAAAUCAUGACCCAGGCAGGAGGAAAUCACAUUUCUGCAGCCAAAUUCUGGCUCAGUUCUGGCAAUAAAUGUUAACACCAGCAGGCAAAUGGCACUGCUGGAAGCACAAGGUGGCCAAAGUCAUAAUUCCCAAGUGCCUGGGCAGGGAAUAAGGGGAGCUCAAAGUCGUGCUGGUGAAAUAUUUUCACUUCUGGUAAAAAAUUCCCUUUAUGGCUCUUAAGUAACAGCGAGGUUGAUGUGUUUUGGAUCUGAAGCCUUACUUGGUAAAUGCAUGAUGUAUAAUCCGCUCAGAAAUGUUUGUAAUUUAUUUAAUUUAAUGUUGGUUUCGUUCUUUUUGUUUUUAUAAUAAAGAAUGUGUGAACAACCAC